CGAACUUUCUCCUGACAUCAUACUACUCUCCUCAGUUUCAUCCGGCACUUAACCCAAUCACAUUAAUACAAAAACCCACCAUGUCCGACGAGAUCCCCCCAGAGCACACUACCAAUUACGAACAAUUCCGUGACGUUCUCUCAUCUUUCCUCAUCGAGCGCAUGACCGGCCCUUUUUCUAAACCCAAGCCCAAACCCAAACGACGCUCCAGAAAGUCUCCUUCCCCGCCCUCGACCGCCUCGUCAGACGACACUGAACUUACAGCCGACGACCUGGCCGACUUCACCAGCUACAUCGCCACCGCAAUCUUCCAGACCCUGCCCCCGGCCCUGCAAUCCCUAACCCACUACACCUGGACCGACGACCCAUCCCUAGAAUCCCUCUACCCCCUCCCGCUCACUCCAGACUUCACCUCCCAUCUCCUCCAAACCCUCGACCCGUCCAUCCCAGACUCCCUCACAGCCUACGGCAUCACCUCCAACCCCCCAGCCCCCUCCAACUUACCCACGCCAGCCGAGUUCCUCGCCCCGGUCUUGUCGUCAUACGUCACGACAGCCACCACCCCGCCGCCACCGCCAUCCUCCACGAGGGGCAAGGUAACGGCCUGCGAGAUCUGCGGCCGCGACUGGAUCAAUCUGACGUACCACCACCUGAUCCCGCGCAUGGUGCACGCGAAAGCGGUCAAGCGCGGCUGGCACCGCGAGGACGAGCUGCAGAACGUUGCGUGGCUGUGCGGGGCGUGUCAUCGGUUUGUGCACCGCUUCAGGGGCCACGAGGAGUUGGCGAGGGAGUAUUUUACGGUGGAGAGAUUGUUGGAGGCGGACGAGGUGCGGGCGUUUGCUGCGUGGGUUGGGCGGGUUCGGUGGAAGGUGAGGUAGUUACUCACCUUGGUUGCUCAGCUUUGUUGUCUAAAGGGGGUGCAUUACCUGCUAUUAGGGAAAGAGGGGUUAAGGUGAGGUGAGGUGGGAUGGAGGAGGGGUAUGCAAGGAUAGUUCAGGGGGAAGGAAGCGAGGGGGGUGAAUGUCUCUGAUUUUUACAUUUAACAUCGUCUUCGUUUCGUCAGUUAUAACCCAUCAUAUAUACACAACAUACACAUGCCAUAGCAUAUCCAGCAAUACCGUCCCACCCCU